UUUAUUCAAAUAUACUUUUAAUUCCAAAAAGUUUAUAAAACCCCUUUCUGAAUUAUGUUCGGUGUGAUUGGAUAUAAAUAAAGACGUUUAAUUGGUUUAUCUGAGUUCCAGAUUGGUUCUUAGAAGAGUUUUAGAUAUUCCUAGUGGAGAUACGACAUAAGUAGUGCCCAUUAAAUAUAUCUAAAUGAAAACAGCUUAAAUUCAUUUGAGCUGUAAGUACUUUCUGAGGUAUUUCUCAUGUCUGUUCUAUCAUCUAUGGGUCUUAACUUGGUACUUUACUAAAUAGCCCUCGGGUUGUAUCUACCAAUACGACUCAAAAUAGACUAAUACCUAUUUGUUUAUUCCUCGAAGAGAUUAUUGACCCUUACUUCCUUUUUUUUCUUUUCUCUCUCUUCUCUUUCUCCUGAUUCCUUCUUCUUCAUCGACCUUUUGUGUUGCAAAGAUCUAGAAAAACCCUAGAACGGGGAAGAUCACCAAGGUCGAGAGGAAGACCGAAAAAGGGUUAACUUAAAUUGAUGGGGAGAGGGAAGAUUGUGAUCAAAAGGAUCGAUGAUUCGACCAGUAGGCAAGUCACUUUCUCCAAAAGAAGAAAGGGUCUCAUAAAGAAAGCUAAAGAACUCGCCAUUCUCUGCGAUGCCGAGGUUGGUCUCAUCAUUUUCUCCAAUACGGACAAGCUCUAUGACUUUUCCAGCUCCAGUAUGAAAUCGGCUAUUGAACGAUUUAACAAGACCAAGAUGGAGCAGCAACAACUAUUGAACCCUGCAUCAGAAGUUAUGUUUUGGCAGAGAGAGGCCGCAACUCUAAGGCAAGAACUGCACUCGUUACAGGAAAAUCAUCGACAGCUAAUGGGGGAGCAGUUAAAUGGUUUGAGCGUUAAUGAAUUGCACAAUAUAGAGAGCACACUUGAAAUGAGUUUACGUGGAAUUCGUAUGAAAAAGGAACAAAUGUUGACAGAUGAAAUCAAAGAACUAACCAAAAAGAGGAAUCUAAUUCACCAUGAGAACCUCGAAUUGUCAAGAAAAGUACAAAGGAUUCAUCAAGAAAACGUCGAACUACACAAGAAAGCUUAUGCAACGUCAAACACAAAUGUAUUGGGACUUGGUGAGCUUGAAGAUGCAGCCGAUGAAUCACAUGCACAAGUUAGGCUGCAGCUAAGUCAGCCUGAACAGUCCUGUUAUGAUUCCCCACCAAAGAGCUAAGAUCAUAAUCAAAAGAUACUUGGCAAAGUGCAAGUAUGAUCAGAGAACAAACCGAAGGUUCAACUAUGUACAAUAUAAAUAUGAUCAAGCAAUGAAGCUGCAUGUCGUUUAUAUUUGUUCUAGCUUUCUCAUUUGGUUUUAAGUAUAUACUUAACCAAUAUUAAGGAAACGCAUAUAGUUUAUAGUUAAGUAGGGUGUUCAAAUUGAAAUUCGGGUUGAUUGCAGUUUGUUUCUCGGUUUUCCGUGAAUAGUAAUUAAAAUAUGAGAGUGUUAUUCUGGUUCAUACUUUGGUCGACUUUAUUUUACCUUUUGGUUUAGAGUGGUGAUGAUGACGGAGAAGCCUUUGUUAUUAGGAGAAAAAAUAUUUUGGUUUUUCUUAGUUUUUUUGGAAAACUAAGAAAUAUUUAUAUAUAUAUAUAUAUGAAUUCAACAUUUUUGAAAAAUGAAGAUGAAUUCAACAUUUUCAUUCAUUCAUGUCAUCCUUUUUAGAACCUAAGCUUUAAAAGAUAUAAAUAUGAUUUUUUUUAUAUAUAAUUUACAAGUUAAAAAUUUAGAAAAUAUCCUAAAAUAGCAUUAAAAUAUGCUCAUGUUUCAAAAUAUCAGAUAAGGAAAAAAAAUCAUAAAAUAGUCAUUAUUAAAAAGUAAGAAAAAAACACAUAAACCCAUCAAUUUCAAGAGUUAAGAUGGAGAUUUUGGAUAUGAGUUUAACGAUUUGGGGUUAGAAUUUAUAAUCGAAGAUUUAGUGGUUAUAAUAUAAAAUUACUUUUAUUUUUAUAAAGUUAAAUAACAUUUUAAAAUAUAUUUAAAAUAAUUUUUAUGCUAAAAGUAUUAUCAUAAAAAAUAGGCUGGUCGAAUACUAUAUUGGUUAUUUUUCUUUGUGUAUUACUUGUGUGACAAAAAUUAUUUAGGAGAUUUGCCCUACAAUCUAAGUAGAUUAAUAUUUUCUUAGUUUACCAAAUUAUUCACUUAACUUGCGACAUAUCUUGAAUCCAAAGACUAAAGAUUAGUUGUAAUAGUGUUUUUUUUCCUUAUCUUUUGGUUGGAAUAGUAUACCUCAAUGUACAAGAACC